AUGAUGAUAGAGGAGAAGCAGGAGGAGGAGGAGAGUGAGAACAUGGGCCCCUAUUUUCGCUCUGGGAUUACUCUCUGCCUCAUCUUCACCUUGGCUCAGGUGAUCACCGUCACCUGCCAAGAAGAUACCAAGAACGAUUCCUGUCCAGAGGAUGGCAGAGUCUACUCCAACAAUCAGAUCUGGAACUCAGACCUGUGUCAUGUGUGCAUAUGUGAAAUGGGGUCUGUGUUUUGUGAGGAGCUGGUGUGUGAGGAGGAUCUAGGUGACUGUGACGCCACAGAGACCCCUGAGGGCGAGUGCUGCCCCGUGUGCUCGCCCUCAGCACACACUGGAACUGAUACCUGCACAGAAAAUGGAAAAGUCUACGCCCACAAUGACAUGUGGAACCCGGAGCCGUGUCGGAUCUGUGUGUGCGACAUGGGGACCGCUGUGUGUGAAGCCGUGGUGUGUGAGGACCUCAGCGACUGUCAGAAAGCUAUGACCGUCGAGGGCGAGUGUUGCCCCGUGUGUGUGCCUGCAACGUCGGCAUCGUCUCCAAGUGCGGACCCCUCAACAGUUGCAGAUGAGAAGGAAGGAGAUAGCUGCACGUUCAAAGAGGACGUCUACAGGCACAACGAGAUCUGGAAACCAGCGCCUUGUCGUGUGUGUGUUUGUGACAACGGGGUGGCCAUCUGCGACGAGGUGCAGUGUGAGCUGCUCGCCAACUGUGAGAAGGUGGUCACGCCUGAGGGGGAGUGCUGCCCCCUGUGUGAAAACUUCGCCAGUGCCGGCCGGAGGAUAGAACUGAUGGGCUACAAGGGACAAAAAGGAGAACCUGGUGAUAUCCCAUAUGGCUUCCUGGACCUUCAGGACCCUCGGGUCCUCCAGGAAGUCAGGGACGAACUGGACCCAGAGGCUUUAACGGCAGAAAAGGAUUUGAAGGGCCGCAAGGAUUUGAUGGAGAGCCUGGUGUGCCAGGAAAUCCAGGAGGGUCCGGACCCCCAGGCCAGACCUCCCACCCUGGGGGCCCAACUGGAGGUCAGGGAAUGCCAGGAGAUGGUGGAGAUCCAGGACCGAUGGGUGAGCUGGGUCAGCGAGGACAAGACGGGCCUCUGGGAAAAUCUGGACCUGAUGGUGAAAGUGGACCUUCAGGUGCUACAGGAGAACCAGGAUAUCCAGGAUCCGUGGGACCAGCAGGCCUGCAGGGAGAGAGAGGCCGGGCCGGGCCAUCUGGACCUCUGGGAAAACGUGGUGCCGCCGGCCAUGUUGGCAAACCUGGUCCUCUGGGCGAAGCAGGGGCCGACGGGCGUCAGAGGAACCUCGGGGCAGCAGGGUCCCAGAGGGGAAUCCGGCCACGUCGGACCUACCGGGCCUUCAGGAGAACAGGGUGCCGCAGGAACUGAUGGAGGUGAAGGUAGCCGCGGCCAAGCAGGUCUGGGAGGUGUGCAGGGUCCACCAGGGCUGAAUGGGCAGCCUGGCCCCCCCGGCCCCCAGGGAACUACAGGAGCAGAAGGACCAAAGGGCCAAUUGGGCGAAGGUGGACUUCCGGGAUUCAAAGGAGACUUUGGAGCCAAGGGAGAAAGGGGUUACCAUGGUAUUCCAGGUCCAAUCGGCCCGAUGGGAGAUGAAGGAAAGCGUGGAUCCCGAGGUGAUGCUGGAGGCCUCGGGCCUAUCGGACCUACAGGAGAAGCAGGAACUCCAGGAAGUCGAGGUUUCCCAGGGUCAGAUGGUUUAGCUGGCCAAAAGGGAGCAACGGGCGAGAGAGGACUGCCAGGGUCGCUCGGAGCCAAAGGUUCAGACGGAGAUGUCGGACGUAAUGGAGAGCCAGGUUUAACAGGAGCUCGGGGUCUGACAGGACUUAUUGGCGCCCAGGGUUCAGAGGGAAAACAAGGACCAAUGGGCUUAGUAGGAGAUGAUGGUAAACCGGGCCCAACUGGUUCUGUUGGAAACCGAGGUGGAUCUGGACCAAUGGGCCUGCCCGGACCCAAAGGCUUUGCUGGUGAUGCUGGAAAGAUUGGCGAGGCUGGCAGCGCCGGGGCUCCAGGUCAAAGGGGGGUGAAUGGGAAAGACGGAGAGGAAGGCGCUGCUGGUCCAGCUGGCCCUGCUGGUGUCACAGGAACGAGAGGAGAGCAUGGCUCACAGGGACUGCACGGUUUCCAGGGUUUGCCUGGAGGGCCAGGAUCACCUGGAGAGUCUGGGAAACCAGGCGCUGAGGGUAUGACUGGAGAGGUUGGUGCUAGUGGACCUACAGGUACAAGGGGAGAAAGAGGCUCUCCAGGAGAGAGAGGUGAAGUCGGGCCCAACGGGCUGAACGGACCCAAAGGAGGUCCAGGUGGACCGGGAUCAGAUGGGCCAAAGGGUAGCAUUGGUUCAAAGGGCGCUGUUGGAGAGGCAGGAGGACCAGGACUUCAGGGCAUGCCCGGAGAGAGAGGCUUAAACGGACCUUCAGGCCCGAAGGGAGAUGCAGGCUCUAAUGGAGAGGCAGGACUGGAAGGUAAAGCCGGAGCUGACGGUGGACGGGGGCUUCCUGGUCCUGUUGGACCUCCUGGUUCCGGCGGACCCAACGGAGAGAAGGGUGAAACCGGCCCCCCAGGACCCGGAGGGCGCAGAGGCACCAGAGGAAUCCCUGGUUCUACUGGUGAUCAUGGUCCAGCUGGUGCUGUUGGCUUCCCCGGUACUUCCGGCGUUGAUGGUCAGCCAGGGGUCAAAGGUGAGACAGGAGAGCCUGGUCUGAAGGGAGAGGGAGGUUCACCUGGACCACAGGGGAUGGCUGGGAAAUCUGGAGGACAGGGACCUGUUGGUGUGACUGGACUGAAAGGUGGCCGAGGAACGCAAGGUCAAACUGGCUCUUCUGGUUUUCCUGGACUGGCCGGAGGAAUUGGAACAGCUGGCUCUGCUGGUGCUGUCGGGGCAGACGGGCCUAUAGGUGCUACAGGAAAGCAGGGUCCUUCUGGGAUCAUCGGGGAUAACGGAGCAAAAGGACGUCAAGGGGAGAGGGGGACUACAGGGGCCCCCGGCAGUGCAGGAGAGAAAGGAGACUCCGGAGAGGACGGCCCUGGGGGGCCGGAUGGGCCUCCAGGACCUGCUGGGGCCUCAGGACAGCGAGGCAUUGUGGGUCAGCCCGGACUGAGAGGAGAGGCAGGCAUGCUGGGACUCCCCGGUCCUGCUGGUCCACCUGGAAAAGCUGGAGCUUCUGGAGUUCAGGGCGGCAAGGGGCCCUCAGGUGGAGUCGGUUUGCGAGGAGCCAACGGGGCGCAAGGAGACGCUGGCCCCGAGGGUAUCUCUGGAGCAGAGGGGCCUCCAGGGAAGGACGGUCUUUUAGGGGAGAGGGGAGAUCGGGGUAAUCUUGGUCAAGAGGGUCUGGCAGGAGUCGGUGGGUCUCCAGGAACCGAGGGUCCUGUGGGAAUGACGGGCGGUCCUGGACAAAGAGGCAACAACGGUGGCAGAGGACCCCCUGGAUCCCAAGGAGCAGCUGGAAUACGGGGAAAAGUGGGCCCUCAAGGACCACAGGGGGAGAAAGGAGUUACCGGACUUCAUGGAGAGAGGGGACAGAAAGGACACAGAGGCUUCACCGGGCUCGAUGGUUUGCCAGGAACAACUGGCGCUACAGGGGAGCCUGGAUCCACGGGUGUUGUUGGACCCACGGGGCCCAGGGGGCCUCCAGGAGUGUCAGGGCCUCCAGGAAAAGAAGGAAACAUCGGACAGCCUGGACCAAUGGGGGCUCCUGGAAGCAGAGGCUCCAGUGGAGAACUCGGGGCCCAGGGUCCUCCUGGUGAUAGUGGACCUUCUGGCCUCCCAGGACCACCAGGGCCCCCCACCUCAGCUAUGGAAGACCUCUUCGCUGCUCACUACGACUACGACGGGAAGGGUGGUGUUCCAGAAGCUCUGGAAUUCGUGGAGGACGACGUGGCUGCCUUUGCCCCUCUCCUCCCAGAGAUCAAUAGAGAUGAAGCCCUCCCCAAUAAGAAGUCAGCCCUCCUGCGCGCAGACACCGGGGUCCAGGCCUCGCUGAAGACCCUCAGCGGACAUCUGCAAAACCUCCGUAGUCCUGACGGCAGCGAGGGGAACCCUGCCAAAACCUGCCAGGACAUCAAGCAGUGCUACCCCCAGAAGCCCAGCGGUGAGUACUGGAUUGAUCCAAAUCAAGGAAGCACAAAGGAUGCCAUCAAGGUCUUCUGUAAUAUGGAAACUGGGGAAACCUGCAUCUCUGCAAAUCCUGCUGAGAUUCCCCGCAAAGCCUGGUGGACCAAAUCCAGUCCCAGCACCAACAAACCCGUCUGGUUUGGAGCUGACAUCAGUGGAACCAGAUUCCGCUACGGAAAUAACGAGGAGAAGCCCAACGCCGUGGCCGUUCAGCUGAAGCUGCUGCAGCUUUUGUCCAAAGAGUCUCACCAGAGCAUCACCUACCACUGCAGGAACAGCGUGGCGUACAAAGACGAGAAGACCACCAACCUGAAGAAAGCUCUGGUCCUCCGAGGCUCCAACGGCCAGGAGCUGAGGGCGCAGGGAAACAUCCGCCUCCGAUACACCGUCACCGAGGACGGCUGCUCGAAAUCAAAUGGGCAGUGGGGGAAGACAGUGAUUGAGUUCAGGACUCUAACUGCUGCCCACCUGCCCGUUGUGGACGUGGCCCCCAUGGACAUAGGAAAGCCUGAUCAGGAGUUCGGCCUGGACAUCGGCCCUGUGUGUUUCUCAUAAAACAACACAAGAUGGACAGAAAUAGGCUUUUUCUAGAGGAGUAACGUCACCAGAAAAUGAAAGAAUAAGGACUUGUCUUUCUGUGAGCGAACACGUCGAUGAAGGGUAGCUUCUUGUACACAUGGCUGCGUUUCCCAAAAGCCAUUAAAGGUCAGUGUACUCACUCUAUGACCGACAGGAAGCUGACGUAAUUUAUUCACCUUGUCAAUACAUGUACUAUAGAGCACCAGUACUACAGGGAAAUGCAUGUGAGAUGAAAGGUGAAGUCUAAAGGAGCUAACAAAACAAGAUUUUAUUGAAUUGUGCAUAAACUGGAAAAAACAGCCAACAAUAUUAAAGACAUGUUUAAAGCAGAAUGCAUAAGUGUUUAUAGCAAAAAUAAAAGCGUUCAAAACCUUA